GAGAAAUACUGAAAUGAUGACAUUUAAACCCGACUCCGGCGGUGCGGCUCAAUUCCAAGUUGCCCUUGGUGCAUAAAAGGGCUCUCAUACGGUAUGUAAGUCAUUCAAUUUACUGCCCCAAGAGGCCUCAUCGUUCAGCAAGUUGAUUAAUCAAUCUUCCAUCGAAAACCUUGCUUUUGUACCCACGAUGAAGUUCUUAAUCACUUCCACCGUCGCUGCCCUCGCUACGUGCGCCAUCGCUACAUCUUACAGCCUCUCUUAUGAUACCAACUAUGAUGUGGGAUCCAACUCACUCGACACGGUGGCCUGCUCAGACGGCUCCAAUGGUUUGGAGUCGCGUGGUUACACUACUUUUAGCUCUAUUCCCAACUUCCCUUACAUCGGAGGUGCACCCCAGAUCACGGGCUGGAACUCGGCAUACUGUGGAUCGUGCUGGGAAAUCACCUACUCCAGCUCGUCGGUAACCACCACCAAAUAUGUUACCGCCAUUGACGUCGGUGAUGAGGCACGGGAUGGGUUCAACCUGUCACUUGAGGCUAUGAACGGCCUCACGGGUGGACAGGCCGAGUUUCUGGGGCGCACCACCGUUACGGCCACCCAAGUUGAUGAAAGCAAUUGCGGUCUGUGAAACCGUGAGAUUAGGGUGUGUGAAGCAAAUGUUUUUGUUGCAGUUGAUCGAUCAUCUUUGGCUUUCGUGUACGGACAAUAUGGACACUCGCAGAGACUU